AUAUGAAAAUGGCGUAGCACGAUAUCAUGUCGUAUCUUUACACUGUAAAAUAUCAUUACAAUGAAAAUAUUAAAUAAAAUUAUUAAUCUAAAAUGCUAGAUUUCAAUUUGCUAUUUAAGAAUAAAAAUUAUUUGUUUUGAUAGUUGACAGACAAUAAUAAUUACAGCUGUCAGCUUAUAGUUUUCAGUGAGAGAAGCAACUAUAAUAUAGGUGAUUCAAUUUUUGCGUGCAAUGAUAUCACUUUAUGUUGAAAAUGGCACUGCUUAUGUAUGGAACUCUGAAGAUUGGUACGAGCUUCGAGCCAGCCAUCGAAUAUGCGGGUCAUUAAUUGGAUCAUUACCAUCAUAUCCAAGGCAAAAUGAUUUUUUAGGUUUACCUAUGGCGUUGACAUCUGAAGAAACAGCACUUUUAGUAGAAAAUGGGAUUUGUCAGUUAUUUGAAGUGCCUAACCUAAUAAUGAAACCAUCAGAAGAAGAAAAACAGUUGAUAAAGGAACUGGAACAGAAAGUUUUAUUGGAACAAACUGAAGCAUUGAAGAAGAGGAAAAUAGAGCAGUUGUCACAGAAGAUUGACAUUAUAAUUGCUGGCAAGAGACAAAAAUUACUGUCAAAAGGCAUAACAGAUGUUCAACUAGACAAGCAAGCUUUAUUACAAGAAGAAAUAAAUAAACUGCCAAAAUUAGCCCCAGCUCAUGUAUUGACUCAUUUACCAACUGAACAUUGCAUGGAAACAGAAAAGAAAAGUGUUUCUAUUGAUGUUUUAAAACCCAGUGUUACAGAAGGAAAAGGUCAUAUCAAGUAUAAAAUAUUCAAAGAUUUGUGGGAAAAGAAAUACCAUAUUACGAGUGGUUCAAAAUUUGGUUGUGACUUCCUAGUUUAUCCAGGAGACCCAGUGAAGUUUCAUGCAACAUAUAUGGUGCAAUGUGUUUAUGAUCAAAAGGCCACCAUGAGACCUUCAGAAUUAGUAGCAUUUGGAAGACUAUCUGUUACAGUGAACAAAUUAGCUGUUUUUGCGUUUUACAAUUCUCAAGAAAAAAUUGAAUACCAAACACUCCAGUGGCAUGAUAAUGUAACAUAAAUAAAGGAAAUCUUUG